AUGGCAAAUCAUGAUGCAACAUCCUCAGAUUUCAGCUAUGAUGUUUUUCUUAGUUUUAGAUGCGGAAGCAGCAACGCAUUGGUUGACCGUCUCGUUCGAGCUUUGCUUGAUAAAGGAAUCAACACCUUUAGGGAUCAGGGAAAACUGAGGAUAGGGGAUGAUGAAAUUGAGAAGUCCAGAAUGUCAAUGGUUGUGCUCUGUGAAAACUAUGCAUCUUCCAUCCGUUGCCUUGAUGAACUAGCCAAGAUCACUGAGUAUAUUGACAACAAGAGAAAACAUGUUACGGCAAUUUUUUACAAAGUGGAACCAUCAGAUAUACGGAAACAAAGAAAUUCUUAUGAAGCAGCCAUGACUGAACAUGAAAAGACCUACGGAAAAGACUCGGAAAAGGUGAAAGCAUGGAGGUCAGCUUUGACUAGAGUAUGCGACAUAAGCGGAAAACAUUGCAAGGACGAUUCGUUUGAAUCUGAGCUUAUUGAGAAGAUUGUUAAAGACACAUUGACUAAAGUAGCUCCAGCGCCUUUACAAAUAAACCACGGAGUUGGACUUGAUUCUCACUUUGAACAGGUGAAGUCACUCAUAGAUAUUGGGUCUAAUGAUACCGUUCGCAUGUUGGGAAUUUAUGGAGCUGGUGGAAUUGGCAAAACCGCAUUUGCCGUAUGUAUCUAUAACAAGAUCAGGCAUGAAUUUGGUGCUGCAAGUUUUCUUGUUAAUGUCAGAGAAAAAUCAGAAAAAAGCAUUAAAGGCCUGGAGGAUCUCCAAAAGGAACUUCUAUCUCAGAUGGGUGAGGAGACAGAAACCAUGGUGGGCAGUGCAUUUAAAGGAGGUAUUGAACUCAAACGCAGGCUUGGCCAUAGAAGAGUUCUUCUGGUUUUGGAUGAUGUCAAUGCGAUGAAACAAUUGGAAUCACUGGCUGGAGGAUGUGAUUGGUUUGGUUCUGGUAGCAGGAUCAUUAUAACAACAAGGGAUGAAGCUGUGCUAGAUAAUCAUGAUGUGGGAAUUAAGAAAUAUAAAAUGGAGGAGCUAAAUGAUCGUGACUCUCUUGAACUCUUUUGCUGGUAUGCCUUUAAUAUGAGAAGGCCUGCUGAAAACUUUGUAGAUAUCUCUACUCGUGCAGUAAGUUAUGCAAAGGGUAUUCCAUUGGCUUUAAGAGUAAUAGGAUCCAAUUUGAAGGAUGGGAGUGUAGAGGAAUGGGAAAUUGAAUUGGGCAAAUAUAGGAAGGUUCCAGAUGCUGAGAUUCAAGGUAUACUAGAAAUAAGCUACUAUGGUCUGUCUGAAUUAGAGAAGAAAAUAUUCUUGGACAUUGCUUGCUUCUUCAAAGGAGAGAGAUGGGAAUAUGUUAAAAGGAUACUAGAGGCUUGUGAUUUCUUUCCAACUAUUCGAGUAUUUGUCAGUAAAUGUCUCAUAACUAUUGAUGAAAAUGGCUGCUUGGAUAUGCAUGAUCUAAUACAAGACAUGGGUAGAGAGAUUGUUAGGAAGGAGUCACCAUCAAGCCCCGGUAACCGCAGCAGAUUAUGGUCUUAUAAAGACGUUCUCCAAGUACUCGAAGGAAACUCAGGAAGUAGUACAAUUGAAGGAAUAAUGCUUCAUCCUCCUAGACAUGAAGAAGUAGACCAUUGGACUAAUACUUCCUUCGAGAAUAUGAGGAACCUCAGAAUUCUUAUUGUUCGGAACACAACAUUUUCAACAGGACCUAGUUAUCUGUCAAAUAGUUUACGGUUACUUGAUUGGAUGGGGUUCCCAUCACAGUCUUUUCCAGCUGAUUUUUAUCCUCAAAGAAUUGUUGACUUCAAGUUAUCUCAUAGUCCUUUGAUAUUGAAAAAGCCACUUCAGAUAUUUGAGGAUUUGACAUUCAUCAAUCUCUCCCAGUGUCAAUACAUAACUCAAAUACCUGACUUGUCUGGAGCAAAAAAUUUAAGAAUAUUGACACUUGACAGAUGCCAUAAAUUGGAUAAGUUUGAUAAAUCCAUUGGAUUUAUGCCGAAUCUUGUGUAUUUAAGUGCAUCAGAGUGCACCAUGCUCAAAAGUUUUGUGCCAAGAAUGUAUUUGCCAUCUCUCGAAGUGCUUUCAUUUAAUUUUUGCAAAAGACUUGAAGACUUCCCAGAAGUAAUGCGAAAGAUGGAUAAGCCAUUAAAGAUUUGCAUGAUAAAUACUGCUAUUAAGGAAUUUCCAAGGUCCAUUUGUUACCUGACUGGGCUUGAGUAUGUAGACUUGUCAAAUUGCAAAGCACUCAAGGAUCUAUCAAGAGGCUUUUUAUUGUUGCCAAAACUUGUCAAGUUAAAAAUGGAUGGAAGUUCUCAACUCGGAGAAUCAUUUAAAAGGUUCAAAGAGAGCCAUUUAGUAGCAAAUGGCUGCCCAAAAUUAAUGGCACUAUAUCUAAGCGAGGUUAAUCUAUCAUGCGAAGAUCUUUGCAUAAUUCUUCAAAUAUUUCCAAAAUUGGAAUACUUGGAUGUAUCGCAUAAUGAUUUUGUAUUCCUCCCAAAAUGUAUCACACAAUCUUUGCCCUUGAAAAGUCUUGAUGUGAGCUACUGCAGGAAUCUUAUGGAAAUUCCAGAACUUCCCUUAAGUAUUCAGAAAGUAGAUGCGAGAUACUGUCGAUCCUUAACUUCAGAGGCAUCAAGCAUGCUAUGGUCUAAGGUUUGUAAGGAGAUCCAAAGAAUACAAGUUGUGAUGCCAAAAACAGAAGUUCCAGAUUGGUUUGACUCUGUUGGCAAUGAAGAUAUUCCACUUUUCUGGGCUCGCCGAAAGUUCCCUGUUGUUGCUUUAGCAUUUGUGUUCGAGGAAGUCAAAGAGAAUGUUAAGAUAGAGAUGAAUAACUCAGAAUUCCUGCCUGGAGUUGUAUCAGCUGAUCAGUCCCACACUGUUGGCCUCCACUUGUUUAUUGACGGGCAAGAAAUAUGUAGCAGAGCUAACCAUUAUUUCACUGUUGGGGAAAAUCAUGUGUUAUUGUGUGAUCUACGAGUUUUGUUCAGUGAAGAAGAGUGGCAGGGCCUUGAUGCAAAUCUCGGAUAUGAUUGGAAGGCCAUUCAGGUUCAAUAUGAAUCACGGUUGAAUCUGAGACGCUGGGGAGUUCAUGUGUACAAGCAAGAAACAAUCACAGAUGAUAUCAGAUUCGAUCCUCCCAAUUCAACAGAGAACAUGCCACCAUCGCAUUUGGUUCCAAAAACAAAUUCACAACAGAGAAUAAGACAUGUACAAAGUUUGGAUCUAUUAGAAAUAUUUGGCCAGUACUUGAAUUUUUUAAAAUUAGAUCAAAUUGCCUCUGUUACAAAUGUAAUAUUGAGAUCGUGGAGGAAUGCAAAGGCUGAUGAUGUUAAAGAGGAUGCUUCAGCCUCUGCCUAUGGGGCAAGCUUAAAGCAAGAACAAGAAGAAUUUGUGUGGGAUGUGGCACAGGUUUUAGACAUGUUGAUGGAGAAUGUACAGAAACAAGAAAUUCAAAAUUUAGGCCGAUUGGUGGUAGAAUUAUUGACAGCACGGGCACAACUUAUGAAGACAAAAGGCCAUGAGAUGUUGCACAUCAAUAUAAACAUGCCUAUUAUUCUAGAUGAAUGUGAAUGUCACACUUCUAAAAAUUUAGCUGAAGCUCCAAGCCGUCGCUAUUGGGGAAGCUUCGAGCUAGAAGAAGGAGAUCCACUUGUGUGGAGAUUUUGGAAAAGCAACGAAGCCUUCGGGGAAAGGGUAAACACUGUUCUAUUGAAAUGCCAGCGUUCCUACGGGGAAUCCUUGGAGGAAGAAUAUAACGAUCCUGCAUUGCAAGCAUUAAUGAGGAAGAUAGAGCAAGACGCUAUGAGAUUGAAUAAAUCUUGGGGGAAAAUGAAGGCAUCAAUUGUUUCAAAGAAUGUCCCAGUUUCUGACAAAUAUAUGAUGGAAACAGCAAUCAUCAUAGGACAAGAAAGACUGGGAAGGUUGGGAUCUAAUUUCAAUAAGGCACCUUACGGGAAGUUAAGGGUGGAGCAUGAUGCGCAGAGCACUAAUCAGAAUCAGAAGCCGCAUGAGUUAAGAGUGGAGCACAAUGCUGAAAGCAAUACUGGGAAUCAGAAUCAGAAUCAAAAGCAGACCAGGUUUGGUUGGACCAAGAUUUUUAAUCGUAGAGCAGAAAAAAAUGGGAAAUCAGGAGACAAGGCAUGAGGAGGAGUAGGGAUGGCAAAUACGCGGGUUGGCUAGUAACCCGCAAAAAAUGAGCCAGGUUGGGUUGGCAAUAAUGAGCUGCCAACCUGGCUAGUUUCAACCCGUGAAAAAACGAGCAAACCUGCGGGUCAAACGAGCCAGUUCGCGGGUUGAGUUUUUUUUUUUUUUUUUUUAAUAAGAAAAAUACAAAAUAUAA